CUAAAUUAUCAUUUUAAGACGCUUUAAUAAAAAUAAAAUGUUUUGAAAUGUUUUAAUUUGAUUUCCUUUUUAAAAACAUUUAUGUUUAAAAAAAAAAUAAUAAUCAUAGCUAUUUUUAGACGGCCGAUUCUGAGUUCCCGAAAAUACCCAAAGUCGCCACGUAAUAGUUGUGUUGUAGGAAGAAAUUUGGGGCGUAUAUAUAUAUCAGCAUGAAGUUCAGUUGUGGAGAAAUAGUUUAAGAGAACGUAUUUUUAUGUGGUGCUUUAGUUGUUUUUAAAAAUAUUGAGAAUCUUAUUUUAAGUGUGGUGCUGCCUUACUUUGUUGACAGUACAUUGACAGUGGUACAAGGUAAGAUAUUCACGUAACAUGUUCAUUCGUGUCUUUAGGGUUAGUGUUGUGGUUAUGAUAGGCCAGGUAUUUCAUGAAAUCUGUCUUGUUAGCCUCCCAAUGACAGAAUAUGUCCAGACAAUAUUGAUGAAAACGAUACUUUUAGUAAAAGAAAAUGUGAAAAGUAUGCUGAUGAUGUUAGUAGAUUGUUAAAAAAAUCAGCAUACUUUUCACAUUUUCUUUUACUAAAAGUAUCGUUUUCAUCAAUAUUGUCUGGACAUAUUCUGUCAUUGGGAGGCUAACAAGACAGAUUUCAUUUGUUCUACCUGGACACCAGACAAUUUCUUGUCAUCCUAUUUUCACUAAACGUAUCUCGGUCAUACAACGCCCAUGAACUCUUCCAUUGACCCUUGAACUAUCAACCCGGUUAGCUUCAUCCUAGUUUCUUUGACUUUCCUUGGUCAUCUAGAGCACACAAUAACGCAUGUAGAACAUCGGAAAUGGUCCAAAUGUUUCUAAAAUCAUUAACUUCUUCUAGAAUCUUCCAAAUUUCCCUCAUAGCUUCUAGAGCUUUCGCUAAAUGUCUCACUAAUCCUUUACGAUGUCUGAAACCUUCCAAUUUUGUCUAUAACUUUCCAAAUCUUUUUAAAGCCUUCCAAUUGAGUCAGUCUCAACGUUUCCAAACGACACCAAAAUUGCCCCAAACUAUUAAAAUGUCUCUGCUACCUUCUUCAUUUACAAAUUUACAACACCUUCGUGCCUUGCUUCCAUCUUGCACCCUCUGUCUCACCCCCUAAACUUAAAGACUUAAACUCUCGUGACCAUAUCACAUUAACCUCUCACCAUUCACCUUCUAAACUCGCCAAGUACUACAAUCAAUUUCACUGAUCAUCAUUUAGGUACGAUAAACAAUUGAACGGUUAUUGAUAAGUAUUUCUCAUUUAACAUGAUUUAUUCCGAUUUCUCUAUUUUAUAGCCUCAUCUCAUUGACAGUUGAUUGCCUCAUCUCAUUUUCAGUUGAUUGGCUAAUCUCAUUGACAGUUGAUUGCCUCAUCUCAUUGACAGUUGAUUGCCUCAUCUCAUUUUCAGUUGAUUUCCUCAUCGAAGCAUAACCCUCAGCUUUCAACACCGCCGCGCUUACACAAAGCUCAUCACAAAGACAGUCUGCUAACACAGUUCAAGUCAGAGACAAUCUGCAAAGCUGAAACAACAGACGCAGUCUACAACAAUAGAGAUGGGUUCAGUCGACCUUAAGAAAAUGUGUCUCGCUUGGUUCAAGAGGCAACCAGAAUCUAACAGUAAACAUUAUUCUUCAUUUCUAUAAUAUUAUGUUUUUGUUUGAAUCAGUCGUGUGUUAUCAAAAAUGUUACGUAGAACGUGACCUAGGACUGAAAGGCAAAAACGUACUCAUUUUUUUUUUAAAUUUAGAAAAUUGUUAUAAAUAUAUACACAUAUAAAAGUAUAAUCUAUUUAUAGCGUUUAUCAAUCUGUUCCUUCAUAAUUUUUCGUUGGCGCAUUCGAUUGCAUCCAUGUGUAUUGUAAAAAAGUAAAGAACACAUCACUUCAAGACAAGAAGCACGCAGUGUGUUUUUUUUUGCAUUCUAUAAAAAUACAUGAAAUCAGAGGCGCUGCUAAAGGGUGGGGGGAGAAGGGAUAGGGGGGACCGCUAUCCCUGGUCGCCACACAAUUUAGGGGCGCCAAAAUGUGUUUUGAUAUUAUUAUUUGAAGAAAAUAAUGGGUUUGAGAGUAGAAAAAAACAAGAAAAANAAAAAAAAAAAAAAAAAAAAAAAAAAAAAAAGAAUUAAACAUACAAAAGAUUAAAACACAGUUCAUAUUUAGUAGGGGGUGUAAUCAUUCUCAGAGUAGUAACAUCUUUGAUUGAGAUUUUUCUCCUUCUGUAGUCUGCAUUCUUCAGCAUUCUUCAAUGGUUCACUAAAGUAAUUUUAGAACGAAAUCAUGACCGUGGGGGGAAGGGGUUGUUGGUAGUGGGGCGGCAAGCCUCCACCCGGCAGUUUCGCCACUUAUAAACACUGCCUGAUCGAAAAAAAGGACCAAUACACUUUUUAUCAACGGGCUGGUGGUGGGGUGAGUUUCAGGCCGAAUGCUGUCAAAUCUUGCCCCUGAUGUCAGUUGAAUGGGUUGAGAUAUCUUGAGGUGAUGAUAGUGGUGUCUCGAGUUGAGAGUCGUGGCGAAUGUUAGUUUAAAACAAAGUAGAAUUGGUAAACAAAUAUAUACAUCUCUUCUUCUAUAUCUUAAGGGCCCACGAUCAAUUUAUUGAUAAUUUUGGCUCCUAUGCAUGUAGAUGGGAUUUGCAAUGUUUCUGUUCCUGGUGUUUAUGAGUAAUAUAUAUAUAUAUAUUGCUGUUGGAAUAACCUUCAUUAACAUUUUUUUUUCCCGAGUGUAUAUUUUCUUUACCGUUAAAAAUAAUAAAAUGUUGAUGUUUUAAAUAUUAUUACUUUUUUCUUUUAUCAGGCAAUGCAACAGUAAAUUUAAACAAUAUUGUCACUAAGAUAGAAGGAGACGUUAGGUGGACCGCAACCGUACCGGUAACUCAAGCACAGAGAGGACCAGUGAGAAAGGUCAGUUCUUAUAUGAGCUUCCCCCCCCCCCCAACCGACUUUUCUGUACAGGUCUAUUCCAUCACUCUAGGUUAUUAGUGUUGUUAAACAAGAGGGAUAACUUCUUUUUAAAAAUCAGUUUGGAAUUGUGCAGAGGAUGUUCACACACGAAUGAUGACAACUUCUGAAAGUAGAUUCACCCCCCGAACUGACUGCUUUUUGUAAAGUAGUUUCACCACCAAAUGGUGGGAUAUUCUAAAAUGAAGAUUCACGACAUAAUGGUGAUAGAUUUCCCAGAAAUCUUCUCAACAUUAUGUUGGACUAACUCGGAGUCAAAGGGAGGCAAUACUAAAAAGGAGUCUCAGCAAAGUUUCGGUAUUACCUCACCACCAUCAUUGGUUAACUUUAAGAUGAGUUUGUUAUUAGGUAAAACUUUUUAGUAGGUCAAAUUUUGUUAGUAGGUCAAAAUUUGUUAUUCAAAUUUUAUUAGAAAUUGAAAGAUUUUUAGUAGCUAAAUGUGUAUUAGUAGUUUAAAGUUGCUAGAAAGUCAAAGUGUGUUAGUAGGUCAAAGUGUGUAAGUAGGUCAUCCAUGCUAUUAAUAGCCACAUUUUACAUCGUAUAUAGAGCAAUUUUAUAUAAUCAGAUAUUCUCAACUGAAUUGAGUGUUCUCAUAUUAUGGACAAAGAACACCUGAAAUUCUAUUUUUUUUAAAUCUAAUUUUUUGCUUUUUAUUCCGUCUGGGCCCUACGCCGUCCACAAGAAUUGCCCAUUCAUCACGGUCCCGUGCUUUCCUUUCCAGUUGCUUCUAGGUGUAUCCCAUACGUCUCGUGUGUUCAGUUAGCUCGCGUCUCCAUGUAUUCUCUGGCCUUCUUCUCUUUUUCCUUGUGGAUUUCAUGUUAGGCAUUGUCUGGUGAUGCAAUCUGGGGGUUUUCGGAGAGAGUGCCCUAACCACAUCCACCUUUUCUUCAUGAUGUUUCAUCAAGGGGCACCGGGUAUGUCUUUUAUAGUAGAUCCUUUUCUAGUAUGUCUUUUAUAGUAGAUUUUUGUUGGUAAUGUUAUUUGGCCAUUUGAUGUUCAGGAUCUUUCUAAGGCAUGAGUUUAUGAAGGUCGGCACUUUAUGCGUUAAGUUCGAUAUUGUUUUCUAAGUUUCUGCUUCAUACUGUAGGAGUGUUUUGGCAUUUGUAUUAAAGAUUCUCGCUUUGAUUUCCAGCUGAAGCUCCUUUGCCUCUCAUUUUUGUUUUAAUAACACAAAUGCUGAUCUAGCUUUCCCAAUUCUAGCCCUUACAUCAGCCUCGAAUCCACCAUUUGUGUCGAUGGUGCUGCUUAAGUAUGUGAAGGACUCCACUUCUUCCAGCGCCUUUCCUGCCAGCGAGAUAUGCUCUUGGUUGGCUGAGGUUGCCUCCAUGAUCUUUGUCUUGCUUUUGUUUAGAUUAAAUCCGAGCAGUGCUGAAAUGGUGGCUAUGUCUUUUCUCUUAUCCUGCAUUUGUAGCUGGUUGUGGGACAGGAGUGCAAUGUCGUCUUCAAAGUCUAGGUCAAUCAGUUGUUCCCAGAGUGUCCACUGUAUCCCGUUCGUCUUUUCGUCUGUGGAUUUUUUUCAAUUUCCAAUCAAUGGCGAAGAUGAAUAGGAAUGGGGACAAGAGGCAUCCUUGUCUGACUCCAGUUGCCACUUUAAAGUUAUAUGAGAUUCUACCUUCGUGUACUACCCUGGACGUCAUUUCUUCAUAAGAGCUCUGAAUGAUCCUUACUAGUUUUCCUGGUACUCCAUAGUGCCAAAGAAGUUUCAAAAAUGUUUUUUUUUUCGUUCAGGCCAUCAAAGACCUUUCCCUAGUCUAUAAAAUUGUAUAUAAUUGGGGGAGUUCCAUUCGAUGGACUGUUCUACAAUGAUUCUUAGGGUUGCAAUUUGAUCUGUGCGUGAACUUUUUCGUCGGAAGCCAACUUGUUGAUCUUGCAGCUGCAUGUCGAACUGGUCUCUCAGACCGGUACAGACAGCAGUGUAAUUUGUCUGUAAAUAGCACACACAAAAAAUUAAAAUCAACUAAAAUCUAGUUUUUUACUGCAAUGAAACUUGUUGGCAUUUUAUCAUUAUUUUACUACUACAUAUUGUUAAAUAUAUCAAUGAAUUAAACCCUUAAAUGUAUUAUUUCCAAACAAAUAAAAUCAUAAUUGUGCACUUCUUAAAGCAUUAAACGAAAAUUUGAUGAUCAGCUUAUCUCUCUGUCAUAGGCGACAGUUAAGUUCAACAGACGUAUGGAGGACAUCCUCGCUGAGCUGGAGAUAUCUAAAGAGUCAGAAACAGUAGCUGAUGUAACGCUGACAGAUGGAGUGGUGAAAGGUUAGAUGAAUGUUUUCUUUGUUCUCUUACAAGGAGACCUUUCAACCGAGACUAGCCUAACGUUUCUCUUUUUUAUAGUUACGAGAGUGGCUAACCCCUAUAACGAACGAACACUGCAAUAUAUCCUAUGUUGUUAAGUUAAAAAUACAAUUUUAUCUAUACGCCAGUAAUGAAGGAACACUGCAAAACAUCGUACAUUGUUUAAGGAAUUUUAACAGCUAAAUAAGCAAGAAAUGCUUCGAGAGCUCCAACUAAAACUCAUUUCGCACCACAAAUACUUGUUUAUCAAUCGUCCAUCCUUCGCUCUCUUUAUUUCUCCCUAAAUAUUUUUUGUAACACACCAGCUCCCAUUUACCCCCCCAUCACUCGUCUUAAUAUUUCCCUCCUGUUCCCCUCACCCUAACACACUUAUUUUACAUGUCCCUUAAUAUAAUCUCAUCCUAACAUUUCUCCAUAUCCUCUAACUCUAUAACUUCUCAUCCCAACAUUUCUCCAUAUCCUCUAACUCUAUAACUUCUCAUCCUAACAUUUCUCCAUAUCCUCUAACUCUAGAACUUCUCAUCCUAACAUUUCUCCAUAUCCUCUAACUCUAGAACUUCUCAUUUCUUCAUUCUCAUGGCUUCUAAUGACAAAUACAUGAAAUAUCACAAUCCCUUUGAAUCACAUGCCCUAGAUAUCCUUUGUUUACUAACCACUCCACACAAAAGAUACAAUUUUUAAUUUACAGCUUAUAAAAUUUUUGUUUACGUAAAUAAUUGUUUUGUCCCCAAAUCAGGACUUGGCGAAAAAAGUAUCACGUUGAGACGGCCCCCGGGCGUAGGAAAGGCCUUCGCCAGUGGGAUCACGGUCAAGCCGGGUCAAAACAGGACUGUGAGCAAGAAAUCUGACCCGGCUUCCCCCCGAACAAGUGAAUGUAACCCUCCAGUGAGGGCUAAUGGCGCCACGGCCACUGCGACCAUCACGUCAAGGGAGAGCUCCUACAAAGGUGAGUCUUAGAUGGUGUGAAAAUUGGGCAGAAGGCAUAUCGGAAUGUUUACACGUUUAAAAUAUGUAUCUACAUUAACUAAAAGAAGAUGAACUACUUGUAAACAAAUACAUUAUUGAAUGUUUAACAAAACAAAAUUGUGUGUUGGGGGAUUUGUGAAUGUGGGGGAGGGGGGUGUUGAUGACCUGCUCAUCAUAUUAUAUCCAGCAUUAUAUAUAAUACAACACAGCCACACGAAAUGCUUGACUAAAACACACGACAUGGUGUUUAACUUAACCACACGACAUGGUGUUGAACUUAACCACACGACCUGGUGUUGAACUGAACCAGACGACAUGGUGUUGAACUGAAACAGUUAAUCUCUCUAAAUUGUUAAAAUUAAACACCCAUCUCCCCAAAUGUACACCAAAAGUCACGACAUUGUAAUGUACAGAACAAUCUGAUGUACAGGAUAGUCUAAACCUUUUUUGAAAAAAAUUAAAAUGAGUCUCUAUCCUCCAGACAUAACUGAUUUGCUAUAUUCUACUUUAAACAAAUUGAAAAUUUAAAAAAAAUAUAUUUAACAUUUUAUUGUGCAAUAAAAAAAUGACCUGCGCACUCAACAGUUCUAACUCUCUAACCAAACAGGUCGUUUCGAGAUUACUGUGAGCCUAGACGGUGACGUCAUAUUCUUGCCUGGUGACCAGCAAAACAUCGGAGAAAUCAUCAGAGAGCUACCGAAAAUAGAAAGAGAUCCAUUUUUUAUUUUGGACGGAAAGGCCUGCUUGAUUGUUACUGGAGAAGUUGAGCUUCGCUGGGAUGAGCCAGACACCAUCCAGUGGAGCAGCAGUCCAUAGAAAUAGAUCAAACUAAUAAAAUUAGAAACUUGAAUUUAAUUGUUUUACAUAUUUUGCGUCAAUUUUUUUAAAAAAAGGAUCUAGCCAAAUAUACAAUAAUAUGUCACACGAAUCACCUUUUUUAAAACAGGGAUAUGCCAAAUGAAUGACCUUUAUAAGAUGGAUAUGUCAAAUGAAUGACCUUCUUUAUAAGAUGGAUAUAUCAAAAGAAUGAGCUUCUUUAAAAUAUGGAUAUGCCAAAUGAACGACCUUUAAAAGAUGGAUAUGUCAAAUGAAUGUCCUUCUUUAAAAGAUGGAUAUGUCAAAUGAAUGACCUUCUUUAAAAGAUGAAUAUGCCAAAUGAACAACAUUUAAAAGGUGGAUAUGUCAAAUGAAUGACCUUCUUUAAAAGAUAAAUAUUUCACUUAAUAGAUUUUUGCUUUAAAUCUAUUUCACUUCGUAUAGACGCAUACGUUAAUGUAGCAAUGUUGCUAGUUGAACCGGCCAGAGGUCAACAUUGGCUUUGGCAAUUCUACGCCUUGUAAGGCCCUGGUGGAUUAUUUUAGAGAUGUAACUAUCCAUGGUUGUAAAACUGUUCAGAUUUAAGUGUUCCCAAUUUCCAGGAAAAUGACAAUGGUGAAAACGAUCUCUAGGAAAAAAACUUAUUUUUUAUUUUAUUUUUUUAAAUUAAAAUAAUAGAGUUUUGUUAGUUGACCUACUUGUAUUUUUUACAGUUUCUCUGUAAGUUUGAAGAACUUGUGAAUCUUAGUCCCAAUGUCAAGGCUACCACCCCCCCCUUCUUUUCUCAUUUUAUUGAUAUGAUUUGCUUCUAUGUGUAAUUUUGACCAAAAAAUCAUUUUUUUUAACAAUCACUAAUAAUCAUCAACCUCAUUAUGUUAGUAAUGACAAUAUUUUUAAAUAAGCUUGAUUACUAUUAUUUUUAUACACAUAUAAACAUAUAAGGAUGAUGAUGUGUUGGCAAAGCAGUGCCAUGAAUGGAAAUGACUGCACUUGCUUUUAAAAUAUAAGUAUUCAUAUAAUUAUAAAAUAUAAGCAUAAAAACAUAUGUAUAAAUUAUGUACUGAUUUAGCCGUCUAAUCCAGUGUGAAAUAUACGAAUGGUUUGUAGGAAUAUUUCUGAAAGUACACAGCUCGUGUUUGUGUUUGUGUUUGUUACGACACAAGAUGGGUCUGCAACCAUCCAGAAUAAAAUGCAUUUUAAUAAAGUAUAUUUUGUGGGUAAUUUUAAUUUAAUCUUGUGUAAAUAAAAGUAUUUUCAUUCAGAAUAAGUGUGUGUGUGUAUAUACGUGUGUGUGUGUGUGUCUGUGUCGAAAAAAGCAUUUAUGAAAAUUAUUGUUUGUAUAUAAAUAUAAAUAUUUAUAUUUAAUGUUUAAAUAAUUUUUCUCUCCUAAUUACAUAAUUUAAAUUUAGUAUUAUGUUAAUUUCUUAUUGUGGCUCAAUGUUUGAUUUUGUUGUUUUUUUUGUUUUUUUAAUUUGGCUGUCUUUUUUGAGUGCUAUUAAAUUGAAGUCAUUUGUCAAACAUUUAAAUAUCUAUUAUCAACUUUUUUUAAACUUUUACAUAUUUUGAAGAACCAAAAAAAUUAGACGUUGCUUUGUCUUUAAUUUUAAGAUUUGUAAACACUUUGCUCCCUUCGAGAAUUAAUAAAAAAAAAAUCAUUUGAAAUUUUA